AUGCAGCGCCGGCUCCGGGACAAGGCAGCACAGAUGGUGGCGAAGCGGCUGGAGCGGGCCCAGCCGCCGCUGCGGAGGGAGGUGGUGGAGUACAUUCUCGACGUCAACUUGGACACCAUGUUCAGCCUGCGCCGGAGCAAGGCCAACUUCUACCGCAUCACCUCGCUCUUCUCCGGCGUGGUCGCCUGCGGCAUGUGGUUCGACGGCAUCUGCAAGUGGAAAAACCCGCUCACCAUGAUACUGGUGCACGUCCUGUUCCUCAUCCUGGUGUGCUACCCGGAGCUGAUCCUGUCCACCGUGUUUGUCUGCAUGAUCAUGAUCGCGGUGUGGAAAUACCCGUGGCGGCUGCAGAAACCACCGCACAUUAUCACGGACUCAGAGCUCGCGCACCUGGAUCAGGCGCACCCCCUCGACGAGCUAGAUGAGGACACGUUUCCGACCUCCAGGUGGCCUGACGUCGUGCAGGUGAGGUAUGAUCGGCUGAGGAGGAUCGCCGGUAGGGUACAGACAGUGGCUGGCGACCUGGCUACCCAGGGAGAGCGCGCGCAGUCCCUGCUCCGCUGGCGCGACCCCAGGGUGACUCCGGUCUUCAUGACCCUCUUCUUGGCGGUGGCCAUCGUACUGUACCUAACGCCGUUCCAUGCGGUGGCCAUGGUGAUGGGGCUGUACCUCCUCCGGCCCCCGUGGUUGCGGGGCAGGAGCAACCUGCUCUUCAACUUGUACAAUCGCCUGCCCUCCAAUGACGACAUGAUGCUAUAA